AUGAAAGCGACGGCGCGAGCAGCAACGACACUGACGAUGGCAGAAAAGAAGCCAUCUCGAAAAGUGCCAUUCUUUGUCAAGCCGCCGGAAUUCAUUGAAACCCUGGGUAGCUAUAACUCAAAAGGCGAGUGGAUUCCUUUUCCCCUAGUCAUGUCGUCGGGAAACGCCGGUUCCGGAUUAUAUGAUGACUCAAACCCCUUUAAUGUUGUAAACUCAGAUGAUGAUACCUCUACGACGAAAUCCGUGGUAGAGAAGAUAAAGAAAAAGAAGAAGAAGAGGGUUGUUGCAAGGGAGUCCGAGAAGGGACCAUCCACAAAGAAGUCUAAAACCGAUGUUUCUUCCUCAAAGCAAAUUGAAGCAACAAAGCUGGGCAAAAAGACAAUUGCCUCUUUAACCGAGAAGGAGACACCUACAGAGAAGGAAACUGGGCCAAACACUCAACCUUCAUCUGUCGAGAAGGGAAAAGGCCCUUUUGAGGGGAAUGUUACCAUCCUGCUCUCUGAGAUACCUGCCGGAGCCCCUUCUGUCGCUGUUCAUACCUUCGACAAUCCGCCCACCAUUGAGUGCCCCGUGUUGGAAGAGUUUGCUGCCAACCUAACCGAGGCAGAUGGAUUAAAAUUGGAAAACCCCAAGAAGGACAUGUAUGAGGCAUUGGUCUGGGGUCUUUGCAAGCUAUCGACGGAUCAGCUACCCUUGUGGGAGCCCUUGUGUGCGGCUCUGUCUAAGAUAAGUGCUCCCGAGAAGAUUGUCUCAUUUCCCGGGGAUGUGGCUGUUGUUUUCACGAGGGGUCUCGGUGAGGAAUUGGCAAUACCUGAGGUUUUCAACGAGUACUUUGGCAUCGAUCUCAAGGAAGAUGAAGAUGAGACUGCUGAGGAGGACGACACAAGCAAUUCAGGCGCCAAGGACCAAGACCCUCCGGUCAUGGGGGAUACUGGUGUAGCCAAGGAAAAAGAUCCCCCUGUCGAGGGAACGUCUGAAAACUACCCAGGGAACGCCUCUCGUUCUCAAACUGCUGAAUCAUACUUUGUUCACCAGGUGCAUAUGAUGAUCUUGGAUGAAAACCAAGCAAGAAACUUCCCAAUAUAUGCCAUGGUUUCUACGGCAAUGAGAAAGUUGGAGAAUAUCCACAAUAUUUCUGUUGUGAGGACCCUCGAGAAGGACAUUGUAGAUGCUGUCCAAGCAUACAAUGUGCAGAUUCACUCUCGACUGGUACAGCGGUUUAAGCAGAAAGAAGAAGAGUAUCAACGCCGCCUUCAGCAAUAUGAUCUCGACUAUCAGGAUUCUUUGGUCUUGGAGGCAAAUGUGAACGAAGAUAUGGCAAAUUUGCAACAAGAAAAUGCCCGACAAGCGUCGUGA